AUGGCCUCCAUGAUGGGAGGUUCUAGCUACAAUCUCGUCGACAUGGCCGCCACGACGGUCAACGUCAAAGAGGGGCUCAUCGAGACGUCCGUCAUGAUGGUCAACCCCAAGCACGAGCCCAUCGAUGUCUCCACUGACGACUUCCUCCUCAACUUCGCCAUCACCACUUUCACUUCCGCCACGGACCAGGCCCACGACGACCAUAUGCAAGCCCUCGGCCAUCUAUUCCUUGAAAAGGCCGGCGCCGCCCGCCUCGAGGCACAUCCGCCCUUGGAUUUCGCCACGCAUGAGGAGUGCCACAGUACUUCCAAGCUGCUUCUCUCUGGCGGUGCGAACUUUCCCUCUGGCAGUGCGGACCUUUCCUCUGGCAGCGCUGGCUUGAAAGGAACCGGUCAUGAUUCACCCAUCGAUUCAGCCGCCUCGAUGACCUCGGACAGUUCACCCAGUUCGACGACGUCCCCUCACAGCUCGCCCAGCCCCACGUCCACGGACGACGCCGUGUUUUUUGCCCUCGCGGAUGGACACGAGGAAGAAAAGAAGGAACACACCCUGGGAGAGCCAGAAAAGGGCACUCUGGCCUAG